AUGGGACCAGGCAGAAAGCCCCUUGACCUGCGCCCCAACGCCCUCUACAUCGUCCUGUUCCUGAAGCAGGAGCAGCUCACGAGAGCGAGAUCCGUCACGAGAUCGACGCAGUCCUCCGCCAUCGACGACGACAGAUUCGAAUGGGGACUGUACUGGUGCAAAUCGCCAGAAUCACCAGCAUCACCAGGGGUGGGGUUCAGCACUCGCUACCGAGAGAAGGAUGGUGUCUGGACCUUUGAGCAUACCCUCUUUCCUAGCAUGGGCAAGGAAAAUCGAAUCUCCAUCGAGAGCGACACGAGGGUAGUCCUGGCUCUGCACAUUGAGAACAUUUACUGGAGCAUGGCGAGUCUCCUGGAGGAGAGCCUCUCCCCCAAGAACUUCUUCCACAGCCAGCCGUCGCGCGCGAUAUCGUGUGCACGGACGGAGGCGAUAUCAGGUAUCGGGUACCUGGACGAGGUGAUGCCGGCCCGGGACCGUGUGUGGUUGGGUCACGCCUUGUUGCUGCUGAACGAUCGGGGAUUCAUAUCGCUGCGGGAAGAGAGCAGCGUGACCAUGGUCAAGAGGGAGGCAUUGUCGAGAGCGAAAGCCAACAUGGCCCCAUGGGGCCCACGGCGAAGUGUCGAGACAAGCGAGCAUGUGCAUUAUGAUACCCACGGGGAGGAUGUUCGAACACGGAUACAACUACCGCUAGACGAGUCUGCGCACGCGAGGCCAAGCAUUGACCGACAAGAGCUGCCGAGAUGA